UUUGUUAGGGUAUAUAUUAACAAUAUUAUUAUCUUUAGCAAAACGGAGGAAGAAUACCUUAAACACCUGUACACUGUUUACGAAAUCCUUGACAAGGCCCAUAUCUAUAUUGGCGUAGCCAAAUCCUUUGCAGGUUACCUGGCUAUAAGACUCCUUAGGUAUAUUAUAAACGGCGAAGGCAUUACUAAAACCGACGACCGUAUUGCUACCUUUAAGAAGCUAAAGUUUCCGGAUACUCUUGACAGCUUAGAGCAUUACCUUGGAAUGGCCAAAUGGCUUAGGAAGGGCAUUUUAUGGUUUGAUGCCAAAGCAAGGCCACUCUAA